GUGGGAGGUGCGACUGGGUUGGGAGCAUUCGGGAAGCUGAGCUCCUGUCUUCAGAGAGCACAAAGUGUGAGUUGUAUUUGUGCCUGGAAAGGCGGGGUGAGAUCAGUACCUUCGGUGCGAGGACUCUGGGAGCUGUUGGAGGGACAUGAUUUGUUUAACACCGGAGAAUAUCCCGACCUUUACUCAUGAGAAAGCAGACUAGGGUGGGAUGAUGGGGAUGGAGGCAGCAGGAUUCAGUAGUAUUGUGGCGGUGGCUGUAGGCCCAGGGGUUGGGGGUGGAGAAGUCCUUUAAUUCUGGAGAGAGUUUAAAGGUAGAGCCAACAGGAUUCCCAGCUCUGUCAGGUAUGGUUGGGAGUGAAGGGCCUUCCAAUUUUUUCUCCCCACUGAGCAUCUGAAAGAGUGGGAAUGGGUAAGUUGAAGCAGGGAGCAUUUUUCAGUGGGAUCGGGGAUUUGAAAUAAGGACGUAGUAAAUCUAAGGUGUCUCCAAGUGGAGGUGUCACAUGGGCAUCUGGACUGCAGGUCAGGAGCUCUGUGGAGGGAGGUGGGCCGGAGAUCUCUGAGGGGUGAGACCUCAGUCAGGGCAAAGCCCGGCAAUCAGAUUUGGAAAGGGGAAAAGCAUCAAGGCUGUUAUUUUAUAUGGCCCCUGAGGUGAGAGAUUGGGGAGGUUAGGGAAGGAGUGUGUGGAUAUGCUGAGAUUCCCGCUAGAAAGGGGGAGUCUUGGCAUUUGAAAGGGUCCUGGUUGUUCUUAGCAGGAGGAAGAGGGAUGUAGGGCAUAAGAAGUCAGGCAGGAGAUGGAGAGCAAGAUAUGAGAGGUGCCCUGUGGACUCAGCAAAGGCACUGGCUGGGGACCGGAAAAAUCAGCCAGGGGAGUGGAGCAGCCCGAGCUCAACCCAGGGUGCUGGUGUCUAUUUCUGUAACUCCUCAGGUCAGGAGAGAGGAUGAGCGUCUCUCAUGAAAAGCCACAAGCAGCCUUUCCUUCAGUGGAGUGUGUGCCAGAUCCUCUGUGGUUGCUGAACUGUAGCUGGGGACAAAGGUCUGUGUGCAUGACUGAAGGGCCAUGACUCUAGCCGUGGCAGGACGGGCUUGGACAGGCCCUGAUGGUUGGCAUGGAGUGGAGGGUGAAGAAGCAUCUUCAGAGCAAAGCAUUACUGUGGGAGUGUCACACAUUAGUACUUCUGAGCCAGGUUCGCUGACCCAUACAGCUCACCCCUGUGACAUAUGUGGCCCUAAGACCUUGAAAGAUAUUUUGCACCUAGAUGAACACCAGGAAACACGCCAUGGACUGAAACCUUACACAUGUGGGGCAUGCAGUAGACAAUUCUGGUUCAGUGCUAACUUUCACCAGCACCAGAGGCAGUGCCAUGUUGAGAAACCCUUAAGAAACAAAGUCAAGACUUCAUUUGUGAAGAAUCUUAGAGUUUGUGAAGGACCUCACUUGUCAGAGAAGCCCUUUACAUGUAAGGAGGAUCAGAAGGAUUUCCUGGCCAGUUUGGACAGUCACCAACAAAAGGCCACCCACAGGAAGAGGAAGACAAGAAGCACUGAGAGUGGGGAGGCCUUUCACUUUGGACAUAUGCAUUACAAGUGCAGUGAGUGUGGGAAAGCCUUCAACCGCAAAGACACACUUGUCCAGCACCAGAGAAUCCACACUGGAGAAAGGCCUUACGAGUGCAGUGAAUGUGGGAAAUCCUUCAAUCGCAAAGCCACACUAGUCCAGCACCAGAGAAUCCAUACCGGGGAGAGGCCAUAUGAAUGCAGUGAAUGUGGGAAAGCCUUUAGCCGCAAAGACAACCUUACUCAGCACAAAAGAAUUCACACAGGAGAAAUGCCUUAUAAAUGUGGCGAAUGUGGAAAAUAUUUUAGCCAUCACUCCAACCUAAUUGUACACCAGAGAGUUCACAAUGGAGCAAGGCCCUAUAAGUGCAGCAAUUGUGGGAAAGUCUUCCGACACAAAUCCACACUUGUUCAGCAUGAGAGUAUCCAUACUGGAGAAAAUCCUUAUGUAUGCAGUGAUUGUGGGAAAUCCUUUGGUCACAAAUACACCCUCAUUAAACACCAGAGAAUUCACACUGAGGCAAGACCUUUUGAGUGCAUUGAAUGUGGGAAAUUCUUUAGUCGUAGCUCUGAUUUUAUUGCACACCAGAGAGUUCACACAGGGGAAAGGCCUUUUGUGUGCAGCAAGUGUGGGAAAGAUUUCAUCAGAACCUCCCACCUUGUUCGGCACCAAAAAGUUCACACUGGAGAGAGGCCAUAUGAGUGCAAUGAAUGUGGGAAAGCUUAUAGUUUAAGCUCCCAUCUCAUUCGACACCAAAAAGUUCACAAUGCAGGGAGGCUUUAGGAGUGCUUUUAACCCACAGGACUCAUGGAGAGUUAUUCUGUGGUUACUCGUUGAGGAGGAGACAUGCAUCAGGUGUUGAACCUCAUAUAUCUGAACAUAAACCCUAGAGAGAGAUCUUAGGAAUGCCAGUUACAAGGGAAGCUGUCAGGGGCUGUGUGGCACUCUCAGGCCUUCUCAGGUUCCUUGCCAGAUUUAUCACUGUUGAUGCCUAUGGCUGGAACUAUCUCAACUCUACCAGCUUAGUUACCCUAAUAUCCUCAGAGAAGACAGCCUUGUACUGUUUCUCCAACUGAGGAGGGACUUAGAAGAAACCCGAGUUAAAUGGCAGUCCUUACUUCCUCCCCACUGACAGGUAUGGACAGGAACCACCUUUAGCUAUGAGGACCUGAGCUGUGUUUGGUAGUUUACAGAAAAGGUUUUAUUCAUGGAUAUUGUUGGUCUCCCUUGAUACAUGUGACAGAUUUUUCCAGCCUCCAAGUCACCCAGCCUGAAGAACUGCUUGCCUCACAUUUCUCUGCUUUGUGUGAUAAUAAAGACAUUAUUUAAGCUACUUUUAA